UGCGAACAGCCGUAACCUCUGGUUCAUUCCAUUGCUUUGCUACGGGUGUAUUGCCCGUGUGCAUUCGUCCUGUUGUCGAGCUUUUCCGGCGCUUUAUCCCGUGCGUGCUCAACAAAACUUCCCACUCACAGCAACAGAGGGCGCUACAGACUCCGCGGCCAGCUACCUAAGCAUAUGCCUAAGAAACCACCAUGGAAACCAUUGACGAGUCUCAUGAUGUCAACCACAAUGCUUCGGAAAAUUCAUCUGGCAAUGGUGCGGAAAAUGCCUUAAAUAAGCUCAAGCGCGAAGAAAUCGUGUUCGUGCUACAGACAGCGGACGCGGCCAAUGCCGAGUACUAUCUGGUCUAUUCCCUUUCUGAGAGGGCACCUGCAAACAACGACGACGGCGACAGCAAGCCAUUCACACUCAGCGUGCUGCGCGUUCCGAAGCCACAAUUGCCGGAGAACCUGUCCGAGUUCCUCCUGGAUCGGGGGAAUCUCCCAGUCUCCUCCCACCUGCGGCCGCCCCGCGAAGUGCACGUCGUGGUGUCAACCGGCUCCGGACUCCGGCGGGCACCAGAGUUCUACGGAUCGGUGUUGCGCCCUCUGUUGGGCGCUCUGGGGCUUGAAGAGCGAGGCGAGUCUCAUCAGGAUGGAAACGGAAACGGGCCGGGGUACCGGUUGACUGUGACGAAGGAUUCAAACACCAUCCGAGAUUUCGCGGGCGAGCUGGGCAGGGACGGUACCACCACGGGGGAGAGGACGAUCAUCCUUUUGAGCGGUGACGGGGGCGUGGUCGAUCUGCUGAACGGGCUGGAUAGAGCAGACCCUCCUCAGUCGGCGACCGGCUCAGGACCAGGGUCAGGAUCAGGAUCGCCGACGCCGCCAACGAUCGCACUGCUCCCCCUCGGAACGGGCAACGCCCUCUUCCACUCCCUGCACAAGCCCUUGUACAACAACAAGUGCACCAGCCCAGAGUCAGACCCCGCCCCGUCCCCGCUCAUCCUCGGUUUGCGCACACUGUUCCAAGGCACACCCGCUCCCCUGCCCACGUUCCGAGCGUCCUUCUCGCCAGGAGCGAAGCUGGUGUCUGCACCCACGGAGCCGGAGCCCGAUGACCCCGAUUCCGUCGAGGAGGAGGCGACAAAGGUGGCCGUGGACCACCUCGUCGGCGCGAUCGUCGCAUCGUACGGCUUCCACGCCAGCCUGGUCUGGGAGAGCGACACGCCCGCCUACCGCGUGCACGGCGACAAGCGGUUCGGCAUGGCGGCGGCCGAGCUGCUGAAGGUGUCGCACGCGUACGACGCCACGGUAACGGUGCGGCGGCGUGGGGGCGGCGGCGAGUUCAUUAUUAUGAAUCUGUCAGACGACAACAACGACAACAACAGACGGGAAGGGGGCGGACGGUUAAGUUACGUGCUCACGACACUUGUGUCGAACCUCGAAAGGACCUUCACCAUCUCCCCCGCCAGCCGGCCGCUCGAUGGCCAGCUGAGGCUGGUGCACUUUGGCGAUGUGGGCGGGGAUCGGACCAUGGAGAUCAUGAUGGCUGCGUACCGCGACGGGGAGCAUGUGGGUAUGGACGGGGUUGGGUAUGAGGAGGAGGUGGAGGAGGUGAUGGUGGCCAUUGCGGAGGAGGAUCCGCGGUGGCGGAAGGUUUGUGUUGACGGGAGUAUUGUCGAGGUGGAGAAGGGUGGGUGGAUGAGAGUGCGGAGGGAGGAGAGGGAGCGGUUGAGGGUGUUGGUUGAUGCAGCUGUUAUUACGAGGUGACGGGGCCCAUUAUACUGCUUCAAAUGAGGGCCCGAGCAGUACCUUAGCACGACUUAUUUAGUCGCCCAUCAGCUUUCUCGCUCUUCUCUCCAUCCCCUCCUCGAACUGCUGCACCCCGCCCUCCAACACACUCAUCUUCCCUCCCGCCAGUUUAUACACCACCCUCCUCCUCAUUACCCCCAUCAUCAUCACCAUCUACAACACCCCCCACAACACCCCUCACAAACCACCGAUCGUGACUACAAGCACCACCGCCCAAUCCCCAGCGCCUUAACGCCUCCCGCAACGCAGAAACUGUCAGCCUGGAAUUAUAUAAUUAUAUAUAUAUCCACGAUUCAGAUAAGGGGAAGCGACGACGA